UAAUUAUUAAUCAUAAGAAAAGUAUUUUAUAUAGGCUCCCGAACAAACAGCUCUGUGUAACAUCUUGACUCGUUUACAUGAUGUAAAGAUGUAACACGCUUGCGUACGAAAGUUCGGACAGAUUCCCUUCAACACACCUUGAAGAAUCAGCCAUAAAAGAUGAAUAAGAGACACAGAGUCUAUAUGAAUAAAACCGAAUAAGAGAGGAAGAAACUCGAAGAAGGAGAAAGAGAAGACAUUUUCCAGCCUUCGAGUUUGCGCGAAGCUUCAUCCGUCGACCGUCGACUUCGGAUCCGAUCGAUCUCCGUCCAACUGGAUUGAAUUAAUUAAAUACGUUAAUCGCUGUCAAACAUGGGCUCCGACAACACGCAGAGACGCUGGAGCAAUUUGCGCAAAGUGCUGGAGAGAUGCGGCCCGUUUUGCCGACCGGACUUCGAACCGUCCUCGGAGAAUCUGCAGAUGCUCCUCGAACGAUGCAAAGUCCUGGUGGUCGGCGCCGGCGUUGGGUGCGAGCUCCUGAAAAACCUCGCCCUCAUGGGUUUCCGGCACAUCCACGUCAUCGACAUGGACACGAUCGAGCUGUCUAAUCUCAACCGACAGUUCUUAUUCCGUCAUAAAGACAGUGGCUCUUACAAAGCAGAAGUAGCUGCAAAAUUCGUCAACGCAAGAGUACCUGGUUGUAAUGUAAUUGCGCACAAUUGCGAGAUACAAGCUAAAGAUCCAGCGUUUUACCAACAAUUUCACAUGAUAAUCUGCGGAUUAGACUCAAUUGUCGCAAGAAGAUGGCUGAAUGGUAUGCUGAUGUCUUUGCUUGUCUAUGAGGAUGGUGCGUUGGAUCAGAGUAGUAUUAUACCAUUGAUAGACGGUGGAACUGAAGGUUUUAAGGGAAACGCCCGAGUUAUAUUACCGGGUAUGAAUCCCUGUAUCGAGUGUACCUUGGAUCUCUAUCCUCCACAGGUCACCUAUCCUCUGUGUACGAUAGCCAACACCCCGCGUUUGCCAGAACAUUGCGUAGAGUAUGUGAAGGUGAUCCAGUGGCCGAAGGAGAACCCAUUCGAGUGUGCGAUUGAUGGAGACGAUCCUCAGCACAUAAACUGGAUUUACGAAAAGUCGAACGAGAGAGCGACGCAAUUCGGCAUACAGGGCUUAACGUACAGACUUGUGCAAGGCAUCAUCAAGAAUAUUAUACCGGCUGUGGCGUCGACGAACGCUGUCAUCGCUGCGAUCUGCGCGACAGAAGCAUUUAAGCUUGCAACCAGUUGCAGCGCAUCUUUAAAUAAUUACAUGGUGCUCAACAAUUUGGAUGGAGUUUACACGUACACUUACGAAGCAGAGAAGAAGCAAAAUUGCCUGGCGUGUAGUCAAGUGCCGCGAGAGAUCGAGAUCAAGGAUCCAAAAUACAAACUGCAAGACUUGAUAGAGCUUCUUUGUGAACGGCCGGAUUUGCAAAUGAAAAGUCCCGGCCUUACAGCGAUUGUAAACGGCAAAAGUAAAACUCUGUACAUACAAACGGUGUCGAGUAUCGAGCAGAAGACACGCGAGAAUCUGUCAAAGACUCUGAUCGAGUUGGGUUUAAAGGACGAUACUGAAAUUAACAUCGCCGAUGUUACAACUCCGAAUACAGUUACUCUAAAAUUGAGAUUUUCACACAGUGAUAGCAUAAGUCGACAAUAACUAUUAGCCGAGAAUUUUACUUUUAUAUAAAAAAUUCGCGCUUUUCUUUAUAAGUAUUCUUUAUA